CCUUUCCCCGCCCCUUCCCCCGCCCGGGCGGCCAUGGCCAUUCCCGGCAUCCCCUAUGAGCGACGGCUUCUCAUCAUGGCGGACCCAAGAGAUAAGGCGCUUCAGGACUACCGCAAGAAGCUGCUGGAGCACAAGGAGAUCGACGGCCGCCUUAAGGAAUUAAGGGAACAAUUAAAAGAACUUACCAAGCAGUAUGAAAAGUCUGAAAAUGAUCUGAAGGCCCUACAAAGUGUUGGGCAGAUUGUGGGUGAAGUACUUAAGCAGCUAACUGAAGAAAAAUUCAUUGUCAAAGCUACAAAUGGACCAAGAUAUGUUGUGGGUUGUCGUCGACAGCUUGACAAAAGUAAGCUGAAGCCAGGAACAAGAGUUGCUUUGGAUAUGACUACACUAACCAUUAUGAGAUAUUUGCCAAGAGAGGUGGAUCCACUGGUUUACAACAUGUCUCAUGAAGACCCUGGGAAUGUUUCCUAUUCUGAGAUUGGAGGGCUGUCAGAACAGAUUCGGGAAUUAAGAGAGGUGAUAGAAUUGCCUCUUACAAAUCCAGAAUUAUUCCAGCGUGUAGGAAUAAUACCUCCAAAGGGCUGUUUGCUAUAUGGACCACCAGGUACAGGAAAAACACUCUUGGCACGAGCUGUUGCUAGCCAGCUAGACUGCAAUUUCUUAAAGGUUGUAUCUAGUUCUAUUGUAGACAAGUACAUUGGUGAAAGUGCUCGGUUGAUCAGAGAAAUGUUUAAUUAUGCUAGGGAUCAUCAGCCAUGCAUCAUUUUUAUGGAUGAAAUAGAUGCUAUCGGUGGUCGUCGGUUUUCUGAGGGCACUUCAGCUGAUAGAGAGAUUCAGAGAACUUUAAUGGAGUUACUGAAUCAAAUGGAUGGAUUUGAUACUCUUCAUAGAGUUAAAAUGAUCAUGGCUACAAACCGACCAGAUACACUGGAUCCUGCUUUGCUCCGUCCAGGAAGAUUAGAUAGAAAAAUACAUAUUGAUUUACCAAAUGAACAAGCAAGAUUAGAUAUAUUGAAAAUCCAUGCAGGUCCCAUUACAAAGCAUGGUGAAAUAGAUUAUGAAGCAAUUGUGAAGCUUUCAGAUGGCUUUAAUGGAGCAGACCUAAGAAAUGUUUGUACUGAAGCAGGUAUGUUUGCAAUUCGUGCUGAUCAUGAUUUUGUAGUACAGGAAGACUUCAUGAAAGCAGUCAGAAAAGUGGCUGAUUCUAAGAAGCUAGAGUCAAAAUUAGACUACAAACCUGUGUAAUAUACUGGAAGGAUUUUGAUGGAUGUGCAUAACAGACAUUGGCUUAAUGUAAAAAUGAAGUUAAGGAAAAUAAUGUAUGUAUUGGCAAUGAUCUCAUUAAAAGUGUAUGAAUAAAGAGAUGAAUAACAAAACUUAGUAAUUCAGUAAUUUUACAUUAAGAUUGGUACAGAAGAAAUAUGUAUAUUUGUUAAUGCUGCAUUUAUUGCAGCAGAAGUUAUAAAAGAAUAUGUUGUGGCUUUUCGUAUUUGCUGUGUGGGCAUUUUGUAAAACACUGAAAAUGAUUUGAGAUAGUAGUACAAAGAGCAUUUCUUAUCACUUAUGUCAUUUGUUUUCCUCAUCCUAAAAAGUUGAAUAAAAUCUGUUUGACUCAGCUCUACACAUACUGUCUUUUGUAAAACUACGUUUACUAUAUAGUCCUUUAGGGUUUUUAGUAAGUAAACUAUUUAAUAACCAAGGUAAAGUUGCAUUUAGAUUGUUGGCUUUUGAAUUUUAAUUUAAAACAGUACCCACCCUGUUUUCAUAACAGUAUCUUGUUACGUGUUUUUAUGUCUAUGUCUAUGUCUGUUCCUCCUUCCAGAAAGUCUUUAUUCAAUUUCCACCUACUAUGAUUUAGGCUGUGUAAUAGUUAAUUGAAAUAGUACAGGCACAUCCAUAACUUUUAAGAUUAUGAUUGAAAGUAAUAUUCUGUAAUAAAUGUGACUUAGUUUUCUUAAGUUAUAUGAGAUGAUAGUUCCCUUUUUAGAAGGUUAAGGUAUGGAUCUUCUUCCCAGAAAAAUUCACACAUAACUAUAUACAAUUUUGCAAAUACUAAAAGUUAAGGAGAUUUAUUAUUUUAUAAGCUCACCCAUGAACUCUGUAGGUGUCUGUGGAUACCAGACUAAGAGUGUCUAAUGUAGGUAGGAGAUGUUGAUGUCAGAAAUGUUCACAAAAAAAGUUCUGUUAGCUGUACACAGUUCUUGUUCAUAUCAUGUGGCAAUUAAAGCUUUAACAAAUUACAAUAGGAAAUCAUCAUUGGGUAUCAAGUAAAAUUAUCUUAUUAAAGGUGUUAAAAAAACAAACUAGACCUCAGGUUCAUAAACACUAAAA